UCAUUCCUUCUUCUCCUCUCUGUAGUAGCUUGCAUAGUUGGACAUCUCUCUCUCUCCUCUUUUUUUCUCUCUCUAGCUCGUACGGCACUGCAGGUCGUCACAAGCUGUAUAUAGCCGUCUCUUCGUCUCCAUUACCUGGGUUGAUACCCUCUCGCUCCAACCCCACCAUCCAUGGACUUGGUGCCGAAGCAGCAGCAGCAGCAGCGGAGCAAGGAGAAGCAAGAGGAGGAAGAGGAGAUGAUGAUGGCCUUGGCCGAGCACGGGGACAGGCCGCAGGCGGCGGCUUUCGGUCACGGUGGCGGCGGAGGCGGCGGGCGCAGGAGCGAGAUCAAGGAGGUGGACUUCUUCUCCACCGCCGGCGGUGCCGCUCGCCGCAGGACCGACGACGACGACGAUGGGGAUCGAGAGGAGGCCGCCGCAGGAGCACUGGCACGCGGUUGCCAUAACACCACGGUCAACACUGCACUUGACCUGCUGACCACCAGGGCGGCGGCGGCGGCGGCGACGCCAGCAGCAGUCGACGGCGGCGAGGGUACGGCGAGUGGUCGUGAUACAGAGGUACCAAUAGUGGAUGUGGCGGCGACGGCGGCGGUGGAGGGGGAGCUCCGGCAGGCCAGCGAGGAGAACCGGCGGCUGCGGCGGAUGCUGGAGGAGCUCACCCGCAGCUACGGCGCACUCUACCAUCAGCUCAUCCAAGCCCAGGCUCAGCAGCAGCAGCAACAGGCCUGCAGUGGCGGCGCAGCGAACCCGAUGCUACCGGCGGCAACGACGACGGGAGUACAGUUCAUGGACCACGCCGGCCGCGUUGCUCCGGCGAUAGCAGGAGAAGCGGCCCCGCCGGCGUUCAGCGGUGACAGGGGCGAUUCAGACGAUGGCAGCGGAGGAAAUGGCGGCGAAGCGGAUCAAAACGAUGGGAUGAAGACGCCUGAGCGCGGCGAGAACGUCGACCGGUCACCGGCGGCGGCGGCGGAGGCGCCUUUGCGGCGGGCAAGAGUGUCCGUGCGCGCACGGUCCGAGGCCCCAAUGAUCAGCGAUGGAUGCCAAUGGAGGAAGUAUGGGCAGAAGAUGGCCAAGGGUAACCCAUGCCCCAGAGCUUACUACCGCUGCACAAUGGCCACAGGAUGCCCAGUCAGGAAGCAGGUACAACGGUGCGCGGAGGACAAGGCGGUGCUGAUCACCACGUACGAGGGCACGCACAACCACCAGCUGCCACCGGCGGCGGCCGCGAUGGCCAAGACGACCUCCGCCGCGGCGGCCAUGCUCCUCUCGGGCCCGGCCGUCAGCCGCGACGUGGGCGCGCUCUUCGCCGGCCACCACGUCGCCGCCCCGGCGCCGCUAUUCCAGUACCACCACCCCUACGCGUCCGCCAUGGCCGGCGCCACGCUGUCCGCCUCCGCGCCGUUCCCGACCAUCACCCUCGACCUCACGCACGCGCCGUCGCCGGGGGCGGCGGCGGCGGCUGCGGCUGCCGCGGGCCUGCUCCAGCAGCGCCAGCUGAUGCCGCCGCCUGUCCCCACGAUGACGCCGUUCCCGAUGUACGGCUUCACUGCUGCCGCUGGGCACAGGCCGGUGCCGCCGCCACAGCCACCGGCGGCGACGACGCUGUUUGGUUUGGACGGCAGCAACCGGUCGGCGCUGGAGACCAUGACUGCUGCGAUCACUAACGACCCCAACUUCACCACGGUCGUGGCGGCCGCCCUCUCGACGAUCAUGGCGGGAGGCGCAGAGCCACCGGUUCCCCGGAGCGGCGCCGCUGACGCCGGAGAUGGUAGCAACGGUAGCGUUGGCAUUGAGCCUGCCACGGCGGCGGCGGCCGGAGCACGUGAGAAUGCAUUGCAUGCACUUUUACAAAGACUUCAUGACAGCCGGCAAUGACAUUAUUGGAAUCAAGCUAGCUCAUGCACCUCUCGAUCCAUCUGUGGAUACAUCCAUAUACACAUGCAUCGGCUUUGUAGUUUGUACACGUAAUGCAUGUAUACCAUAGAGCCCUCUUAUAUACGUUGUAGAGUUGUAAUUUUGUAAAUGGAUUAUAAUUGAGAUUUUUAUAGAGGCAAUUUGAUUUUUCACA